AUGUCGAAAGACAUCCUGUGGUCGUGGAAAAGAUAGAAACACUCCUUGGAAUAUUUCCUCUCAUUAUCUUAUGGACUUCCGGGUUUUCCAGAGUUUAUGGGCACAGCAGUGGUUGAUGAAGUGGCAUUAGGAUACUGUGACAGCAACAUCAAGACAGCAAAAUUAUAUGAUUUGGCAACAGAAAUCUUCAGCAAUAUCCCAGGUCACCUGGAGUGGUAUUCAGAGUUGUGUUUGGAGAAUCAGCACUCCUUUAGAGCUCGUAUAGCUCACAUCAUGCAAGGCCUAAACCAACAUGGAGGUGUGCACAUUUUACAGAUGAUGAGUGGCUGUGAGUGGGAUGAAGAGACUGACGAGGUUGUUGGUUUUACCAAGUAUGGUUAUGAUGGAGAGGACUUCCUGGAAUUGGACCUGAAGGCACAAACAUGGACUGCUCUAAAACCUGAGGCACUUAGGAUCAAACUCAGAUGGGAUGCAAACAAAAAAGGAAUACAUUACAGAAAAUUAGUCUACCUCCAUGACUGCCCUUUUUUGCUGAAGGAAUAUUUGACCUAUGGGAGAAAGUUUUUGCAGCGAACAGUGCUUCCUUCAGUGUCUCUCCUCCAGAAGUCUUCCUCCUCUCCAGUCAGCUGUUUCGCCACAGGUUUCUACCCUGACACAGCUGUGAUGUUCUGGAGGAAAGAUGGAGAGGAGCUUUAUGAGGGUGUGGACCAUGGAGAGAUCCUCCCAAACAAUGAUCAAUCUUUCCAGAUGAGUGCUGACUUGAUCAUUUCAUCAGUGAAACCUGAAGACUGGGAGAAGUAUGAGUGUGUGUUUCAGCUCUAUGGAGUGAAGGAGGACAUCGUCAUCAGACUUGACAAAUCAAUGAUCCCUGAUGGUUCUCCUCCUCGGGUUCCUGGUGUUACUGGAGUUGUUGCAGGACUGCUGCUCCUGUCAGUCUGCAUCGCUGGAUUCAUCAUUUGGAGAAAGAAAAAUGGUCUCCAGGCUAAUCAAUGGGAACAGGAUUACACAGAGAUGGUGCUGGACCCCAACAUGUGAGGAGUCAAUAUCAUUUCCUAGGUGGCUCAGACAGUCAUUUUGUUAAUAAAAGCUAAGCACAACCACCAGAUGUCACCAAAAACACAGCUAGAGCCACCAACUGUAAGAGACAGUGUGAUAAAAGCUUUUGGAAAUUAAGUUAUUUUUGUUGUUUUUUUUAGAUGACACCUGCCUUGACUGUAAAAUAUGUGAAUUUUUUAAAAGAAACUUUGAUUGUUCCUAGUCUAUUAAGCCUGUGUUUGAGGACCGAUAAAGCUUCCGUUAUUGUAAAGUAUUUCCACUAGAGGGCCUCAACAUCCAUAAAUUAAAGUUCUCUAUUAGAGUUCAGUCUUAUUUUCCUCCCCAGGUUAAACAGGUGUGUUAUUGUGCUAGACACCAGCACUGACAUAUCUGUUACUGAUAAAAACUGCUCUCAAAAGAAGAUAUUUAUGAAAACAAAUAAGCUGUCUGAAAAGGAAGAAAAACAUGUAACAGUUACAGUAAUGGCAUAAAUAAAGACUAUAUUAUGAAAUGUCUUUUCCGUUUUUCUAUAUAGUGUUCAAUUUUUUUUUUAUUUUAAGUGUUUUUUUUUAAUUUUGUUGUUUGUGAUUUUAUAUCUUUAUUC